AAAAUCCUUCUCCUUGGCCUGCUUCUUUCUCCCGUCGCUGUCCUUUUUCUCUCCAAGUCUUCGCUGCUCCAUGACGACAAGUCGACAAUGACUCGACUCACACAGUCAUACCAACACAAACUUCCUAGUACUCAACUUUAGCCCUCCUCCUCCAACACAACUAGAUCCACCGUCCCUAGUUCGAACCCCUCCUCGAUAUACUAUGAUACGGCGUCGUCUCAGCCAGCACCUCCACCCUCAACCCCAUGUGCAAGACCAAAAAGAGCACGCAGGCGAUUGAGCCCCGGAGCCCCCUCAAGCCACGACCCUCCAAGUCCUUCUCCUCCGACCCUUUAUCCGGCAACUGCAGCACCACCGGCGGCAACAACUCCAGCUACGGCAACUUCUCCAAAUCCUCCACCUCCUCCUCCGUCGCCUCCCUCAAGUCCCUCAGGUCCUCCCUCCCCGAAAACCCCGUGAUCUAUGAUACCUCGGAGAUCUCCUCCUCCACCAACAACUUCCUCAACCACCGCCUCUCCUCCUCCACAGCCUCCUCCUCCUGGCGCUGCACCCUCCGCGGCAAAGACGCCGUCGUUUUCCAACGCAAGUCCCGAACCCCGAUCGACCUCCCGGACCUCCAGCAGAGCCUCUCCCUCAUCUCCCGCAGCCACCACAGCAGCCUCAUCAAGCUCCUCGGCGCGUCGCUGUCCGGCAGCUACGUCUACCUCGUCUACGAGUUCGUCGCCGGCGCCAGCCUCGCCGACUGCCUCCGCAACCCUAACAACCCGAGCUACACAGUCCUCUCCACCUGGCUCUCGCGGCUGCAGAUCGCCACCGACCUAGCUCACGGCCUGGACUACAUCCACCGCUGCUCAGGCCUCGGCUCCGGCUUGGUCCACAACCACAUCAAGAGCUCGAGUAUCAUUGUUACAGAAGCAACCCUGAACGCCAAGAUCUGCCACUUUGGCACGGCCGAGCUCUGCGGAGAGAGCCGGGCGAGGUCGAAGAAGGUAGAGGGAACAAGAGGCUACAUGGCGCCGGAGUUUCAAGUGAGCGGGGUCGUCACCCAAAAAUGCGAUGUGUAUGCUUUUGGGGUUGUGAUUCUGGAGCUGGUCUCCGGGGAGGAGCCGUUGAAGUAUAAGAUGGAGGUGGAAGACGGCGGGUAUAAGAGAGUGAGUGUUAUAGAGACGGCGAGAGAAGCGGUGAAAAGUGUUGGUGGAGUGAGGAGGUGGGUGGAUAGGAGGUUGAAGGACUCGUUUCCGAUGGAGGUGGCGGAGAAGAUGGUGCAGGUGGCGCUGGAGUGUGUGGAGGAUGACCCGGAAAGGAGGCCGGAUAUGGGUCGGGUUGCGGGUUUGGUUUCCAAGUUGUUUUUGGAGUCGCAGAAAUGGGCGGAGAAUAUUGGCUUGCCCACUGACAUCUCUGUUUCAUUGGCUGCCAGGUGAUUCAUUAGUCAUUACUUCAUUCAUUCAAUUUGAGGUUCCAUUUUGUUUUUGCUUUGGGGUUUCAAUUUUCGAGGUGGAUUCACAUUCUUGUGUUUAGAGUUGUAUAUGCUUUACAUAGAAAUUGAUUCAUUUUU